UCGUCAGCUCAGAAACUUCAGUUCCUGGGCGGACCCCACACACUCAUACAGCUGGAUUUGAAACAGCUGGAUCUGCCUCCCUUUCACUUUUAGCGAGGAGCCCCACAAGCCCUGGACAGGCUGGCUGGUGGAGAAUGAACCAAGAAGCACUGCAAAACUGGGAUUUGGUUGCUGGCAAGAGCCAGAAAAUGGGUUACUGCAGGAGGCUUCCUCAGCUUCUGCUAUUGCUGCUUCAGCUGCUAUGCACCAGCCGAGCUGGAAGGAGUGUGAACAGCAAUGUCUGCAAGUGGUGUGACAAUACCUACCCCAUCUGUGAAAAUCAGGUGUGCUACACCAACUGUAAUUUUAGCUCCUAUUGUGAAAAACCAGAAGAAAUCUGUGUUUCUCUAUGGAAACAAGUCAAUGCAAGUAUAAAAGUAAACACUUUCUGCCACAACCCACAGCUGCCAGUGGAAAAUAUCAUGAUAUCAAGAUAUAACACGUCGAAGUGUGUCAUGAUCCGGCAGCAGAAUGAGGAUGGCGUUUUUUACAUCUGUGGUUGUGUGAAAGAGCAGGAAUGCAAUGACAAGCUUAUCUUUGAGAAUCAUAGCAAUGGAUACUCCAUGCUACAUAGCAAGGAAAUCAUCCCUGUGGCAGCCAUCAGCCUGCUGCCCCCGCUGUUGGUGGCUAUCAUGAUCACCGUGAUAUUCUAUCUCUGCCGAACCCAUCGGCAGAAGAGGCUGUCCAAGCAGUGGGCCCAGAAACACACUCAAUGCCGUGAGCGGAGUGAAUCCAGCAGAGCCGCCACUUAUGAUGAGAUCCUGUCCGUCAAAAUAGAUCAUCAUUCUGCUCUCCACCCGGUCCGUGCCGGUAACCUCAACCAUAUCAAUGAACUCCUGCCAGUUGAGUUGGAAGAAAGAGUGGGGAAAGGGCAAUUUGCAGAAGUCUGGAAAGCCAAGCUAAAGCAUGCAUCUUCAGGCAAGCAUGAGAUAGUGGCCGUGAAGAUUUUCCCUUGUGAGGAAUUUGCAUCCUGGAAAAAUGAAAGCCAGAUCUUCACGGAUGCCAACCUGAAGCACUGCAGCAUCCUUCGGUUCCUUUCCGCAGAAGAGAGGCACUCUGGGCUUCAGAAAGAAUACUGGCUGAUCACUGCCUAUCACAGCCAAGGCAAUCUUAAAGAUUACCUGUCCACGAAUAUUCUCAGCUGGAGAGACUUGCAAAAGAUGGCAGGUUCCGUUGUGAAUGGCGUGACCCACUUGCACAGUGACUACACUGCCGGUGGCAGUCCAAAGAUUCCCAUUGCCCACCGGGAUAUCAAAAGCACAAAUGUUCUCAUUAAGAACAAUCAAGAAUGCGUGCUCUGUGAUUUCGGGAUUGCUCUGAGACUGGAUCCAUCUUUAAGCGUGGGAGAUUUUGCUAAUAGUGGACAGGUGGGCACUGCCAGAUACAUGGCUCCUGAGGUUUUGGAAUCCAGAGUGAACCUUGAAGAUCUGGAAUCCUUUAAACAAAUGGAUGUCUAUUCUAUGGCUCUGGUUUUAUGGGAGAUAGCCUCCAGGUGUGAUGCUAUAGGAGAGGUGAAGAAUUACGAACCACCCUUCGGAUCAAAGGUCCGGGAACGGCCUUGUAUGGAAGUUAUGAGAGAUAUUGUGCUUUAUGGUCGAGAACGACCAGAGAUACCAACUAACUGGUUGGCCCACCAGGGAAUGCAUUUUCUCUGCGACACCAUCACAGAAUGCUGGGAUCAUGAUCCCGAAGCUAGGCUUACAGCCCAUUGUGUCGCAGAGAGAUUCAACUUGAUGGAACAAACAGAUUGUGAUGACAUUCUCAACAACAACAGCAUCGACAAUGAAGCAAACAAAAUGGAUUGUUCAAGAGAUGAGAACCAAAAUAAUGACAGGAACAUCCAAUAACUAGAGAAAUAAAAGCAGGACAGAACCACCAAUAGGGCAUGUUUUCCAAGAAAUAUAUCAUUAGCCCCAUCAUUUAGUUUCCUGGACAGAUUAAAAAAAUGUGUAAGACCCAUUUAUAUUAAGAUUAUAUUAAGGAUUCACAGAAUAUUAAUCAUUUAAUACUUUUUAAAAAUGUACAGUGAAAUGCAACAGGACUCCCAAGAAUGAAUGCUCUGCUGAUUCCACAUCAGCAAAAUGGAAAGUGGUACUAUAAGGGCUACAGUAUAGAUAAACCUUGCUGUGUGAAUAAAAACCACUUGAUGCUAAAGCAGAUACCUUAAUACACAAGGCAUUUGUUUUUUUGCACUUAAAACAUUUUUCUUCUUAAAUAUUAAUUCUACCAGAUGGACUAAAUAUUGACCCAUCUAUCUUUUUUUCUAAAGAAUACUUUUUUAAAGAAGUUAACUGGGUAAAAACUGAGCUUUCUUAUUUUUUAAAAAACAAAUUCUUUUCAGAGAUUUCCUAGUUUUAAUACAGAUUCAGAUAAUGCACAAAGGCAGAUUACAGUUUGGCUUUGAUUUAAAUGUAACAUGUAAAAUCCGCCAUCACAUAUUAGUGACAUGUAAAAACUGCUAUCACAGCUAAUAAGUCAUCAUUUAUGACUUACAUAUGUGGGAACCAUGCCAUUAUGGGUUUAAGGAAUAGUUGAGAAAUCACUUCUUGGAAUGUGUUAACCCAAUGUCUUUGCUGUGAACUAUUCAGUUAUAUCAUUUAAAAAAAUCUGUUAACCAAUGUGAAUCCAAAAUCUAAAUCUGCUAGCUCAAUCCUGAAGUAACUUAUUGUGAAUUUUGCUUAGAAACAAUCUUUUCUCCAUUACAGCCACAGUCCAUAUUUUAACUGAAGAAAAUGUGAAUCGCUUGUGCUUUCUUUUUUUUUCUUCUUCUAUAUUUAAGAAGCAUAAACAAAUUUUCAAUUUCAAGCCAAUUCAUGUGGACCCCAAAAUAGAAGUUCAGCACAAACAUCCUUCUCAUCCAAGUUCCUUAGUUCUCCUCGUGAAUUUAAGGCAUCCACUGGACCCGUCCUGAUAUAAAGCUUGAGUUACAAAUGGAUUACAUCAUAAAACUUUCUACAUGCAUAAGUUUCAGUUAUUUGCAUAUAUGUGACUGUCUGCAAUGUGUAUCGUAACCAAAAUGAAGUUCUGUUGAAACUUAUUUUGGGAUAAAUUUGUUUAAAAUUAUGAACUGUCUGACAUUUUUUCCCCAUUGAUUGGCACCUCUCAUUGAAUGUUCACACAUUCCAAGUACAUUUUUACUCAACAGAACUCUAAAGAUCCUGGAAGCUGAACCCUUGCUUGCAAGAUCUCAAUUAUCUAGAGUCACUAUAAACUGGCAUGUGAGUUUUUCUAUGGAAGGAAGAAGAGAGAUACUAUCAGCAAUUAAAAGCCAUUAGGAAACUUAGCAUCCACCCUCUGCAGCCCCAAGUACAAUCAGAUUACUUCGUUAUUAUUAAAGCAGAGAAAACAAAAAGUUCCUUUUGAUCAUUUUAUUUCCGUCCCUCCCCGUUAAUCACACAUGGUAUCAUACACAACUCACAGUAAGGUUUCAGUGCAUUUCACAACAAAAAGAAAAAAAAGAAAUACCAGGAAAUAUCAACCUGUAGGCAGCUCAUUCCUCUGAGUUCUUUUUAGUCUUUGUGGAAUACAAGCGUGGUUAUUUAACCACAUUUGGGUGGUUAAAUAUACUAAUAUAUCCCUGUGUAUGGAAGAAAAAUAAAAGCACUUGACAAACACACAUACGCACACAUUUUCAUGAUGGAAGGGAGACGCUGUUUUGUUUUUUGUUGACUAUGGUAUAUACACUGAUUGGAAGACUACAUCAUAAGAAAUAGAGUAAGGCACAACUCUUAGAAAAAUUAAGGUAGCUCAUAGUAAUAAGAAUGAAAGCAAUAAAUCAGUACUAUUCUUAAUUGCCAGCAAUUCUUGGACUUCAAUAAAAUAUUGGUAAUAUAAAAACAAGGGGUACAUUUACCUGACCAUGAGUUCCUGAUAUCAGAUUGCAUUUGGUUUUGUAUGCACCCCCAUAGCAAAAAAAGCAAGCCUCUUCGGGUACUAUAGAAAAAUUAAAGGUACGGUCCCCUCUACUCGAUGGGCACAUAAAAAUGUUUGACCAUGAACAGAGAACAGAAAGGAAAUUACUCACCUGAACAGCUCAGGUCACUCACUCACUUUGGCCGAUGACCCAAGGAGCAAGAGGAGAGAGAAGGGCAGAGAUAUAAAGCAACUUUUUUUUUAAGAAAAAAAAGUUGCAUAAAUCAAGUCUCAAUCUUCUUUUAUAAGGAGACUAAAUAUUUUCAUGGUAUUUACAGCGUGAAACAAUUACAAACAGCUCAUGAAGGAAAUAGGGGGGAAAAUCAGCUGGAAAUUGAUCUGAAUUUUACCCUCUGCCCCAUCUUCCUCUUCCACUUUAUUUUAUUUUAUUUUUUGCAGGCAGGAGGGCGGGAAAAACCCCUUACUUAACAAUUCUAAUCUACACUACAAUUUUUUAAAUAUGAUGUAGCUUACACAAAUCCCCCAUUCUUCCACAGCUAUGCACACAUUUCCCUCCAAGAAACAACUUUAAAAAUUAGUGUCAAGUUCUGAUCCAGGCAUCUCAUAAUACUGAUUCCAAGGUCAGAUCUAUGAAAAGUUUUCCUCUUCAUGAUUUUCAGCAAAAGGUAAUCCAAAGCAGCAAAAAAAAGUAGCUUCUCUUUACAGGAGCACUAAAGUAGUUCAGAUAUG